GGUCGCCAUUCAUUUCAGGGUAGACUUCAGUAGGCUAUAUAAAUGCCCGAUUGCCACAGUGAAGCACUCUUUCCACCGUCCCGUACAGGACUGGGUGUCUGUAACCACGCUCCUAUAUCACAGCACAGACACCACCGCAGGAACCUCCAUCAAUAUAAGUUUAUUCUGGGCCACGACAUUGGCAUAACACUCAGAGGAAGAGAGGACUGCACUACCUGUGCCUUAUAUUUGGAAAUACAGUACUUUAAUUUCACUUUUUUUCUUCGAAGUUUAAGAUAUGAAGUUUGUAGUCCUGUUCACCGCAGCAUUCGCGCUAUUGGGCUCGGCCAGCAGCGCCUCCAUUGACAGGUAUGAAAGCGAGAAGCCCGCUCAGAUUACGGUCAUAAACAUGUGGGGAAGCCACAGCGAUAGGCGCGCCGAAAGCAUAUCGGACGCGGCUGAUUACGAGCGUGACGAGGAAUACGACGGUGAUGAAGGAGAGUAUGACGACGUCGCAUCUGGCUCUGAUGAAAUCAACCUACCCAGAGUUGCGAUGUCCAGUAAACCCAAGGACCAGUCUGCAGUGCUGGAGGCAGAGAGGAACGACCAGGCAAAUGGCACGAACAGGAAGGGAAAGAGGAAGGGCAAGGGCAAGAAGAGAGACCCCUGCCUUAAGAAGUACAAGGCCUACUGUAUCCAUGGCACCUGUCAGUACGUGAAGGAGUUACGCGCCCCGUCCUGUGUAUGCUUCCCAGGGUUUGCGGGAGAGCGAUGCCACACGCUAACCCUGAAAGUAGUGACGGGAGGGAAUUAUGACCAGACAACAGCCUUAGUCAUCAUGGCAGUGGUCCUGUCUUCGCUAUGCUUGACUGUCAUCGCUAUUCUCCUGGCAAUUAAGUAUCACAAGAGAGGUGCAUAUGAUGUGGAAAACGAGGAGAAGGUCAAACUAGGGACGGCGCCACAGCACUGAAGAGCAAGAGCAAAUGCCAUGAUGAUGGACGUUCUACCUCAAAAGAUAAUCAAGUGACGUGCCAAGUCAAGAAGGACCCAGAAUGUGGCAUAAGCAGGCUCUGCGUCCCGUGUACGGAUCUGGGCCUUCAGGGACGGACUGACGUGUGGAUUGACGGAAGGAUGGACAGACAGAUGUAGCAGGAAUGUCAGGGAUAUGAACAGAAGGCUACCAACUAAUCAGCAGGAGCUGAGUGCAAGAUUAACACUGACAGCACAAGGUGGAAUCGCCGGACGCCCAGAAAAGGACUGUGGAGUCUGCAACGGAUAAAGACGGAAAUAGGGUUGAACCCAGUCUCAUGAUGGCUGAGCGAAGAGUUUCUCCGUAAUGGUUAAGAGAGAAAUGGCAUCCACUCAUAUUAACUAGCAAUCUUUCCAGAAUAAAACUAGUUUUUUCUUUUUUUACAGAAUUAGCUUGUGCAUCUUGUCAUUUAGUGUACAGCAAACCUUAUUUAUACGAUAAGUCUUUUAAUUUAUUUAUUUAUCCAUAGUCGUAUUUAUUCAGGUUUUAAAUCGGUUUUGUCAAUUGCACAAGUUGUGUAAUGUCUGUGUUUUUAUAUUGUGAGUAUUUAUUGAAACCUGGAAAUAUGAGGUCAAUGUCGAUUGCCUCCAAAGUAUUGAUAGACUGGAGAGAAUGACUUCUGCUUGAGUUAUUUGUUACUUGGUUGGCCAGCGGGUGGAGUAGUGCUUAAGGACACGGGCUUUUAACUUGAAAAUUGCCGAGUAGCCUUUCUGCAGUACCCUUAAAAUACUUAAUCUGAAAUUUUGUGUGCAUGUUUGAGUGUUGUAUACAUGUACUUUUGUGUGUGUGUGUGUGUGUGUGUGUGUGUGUGUGUGUGUGUGCGCGCGUGUAUGUGUGCUCACACUUUCUUUAAAACCACUUUGAUUAACAGUAGCCACCAAGCAACUAACAAGGAACCGGGCUACAUUACUGAACACACAGAUUUGGUUUGCCAAAAUCCUACAUAACCGUAUAAAGCGAUUCUUACCAUUGGUUUAUAUUAUAUUAUUGUCGGGGAUUUGUCAUCUGGAGAACCAGACUGUAAGGUUCUUAGAACUGCAUAAUUGUUACAUUGCAUGUGUAACUAGUUUUUUAUUUUUUAUUAUUUUUGAUGAAAUGGUUUCGUUUGAGUGCCAUAUUAUAUUAAUAGUACAAAGUGUCUACUGUCUGCUGAGGAAUUUUGUGUCAUCAAUGUUUAACUCAACUGUCUGACUCAUGAAAUGUGAAUACCCAUGUCAUACCUUGAAAACGAACUUUCAUAAGACAAGAUAGGAAUUUUAAAAUGCCUUUAUUGAAGAUGUACCUGUAAGAAAAAUAAACACUUUUUUCAUAAA